CUCUUCAAUUUUUGGUAUUUUAGCCGCAGCUUGGGCUCUCUCUCCCCCUCCACACCCCACGCGCGCAACCUACCCCCCCUACUCCUCUCCAUUCCUUCCACGCGACCCUCGCUCGCGUCAUGGUGGUGCUCGUGGAAGCAUCGCCGCGCGGCGGCGCCGGUGAUCAUCCGGCCUCCUGCGAGCUCGACGCCGGCGGCGAUGUCGGCAGCGGCGGGAGGCAGUACGCGGCCGUCGUCGUCGGGGGCACCUUCGAUCGGCUGCACCAGGGACACCACCUCUUCCUCAAGGCGGCGGCGGAGUUCGCGAGGGAGAGGAUCGUGAUCGGCAUCUGCGACGGCCCUAUGCUCGCCAAGAAACAGUAUGCUUACCUGAUACAGCCAAUCGAAAAGCGAAUGGAAAAUGUUAAGGAGUAUAUCAAGUCCAUCAAGCCUGAUCUUGAAGUUCAUGUCGAGCCAAUCGUGGACCCCUUUGGCCCCUCCAUUGUUGACGAAGCUUUAGAAGCAAUCAUCGUCAGUAAGGAGACUUUGCCAGGAGGGCUUGCUGUCAACAGGAAGAGAGCUGAGAGAGGCCUCGCACAACUUGAGAUUGAAGUGGUGGAACUGGUGCCGGAGAAGUCUACAGGGAACAAGAUAAGCUCUACAGCAUUCAGGAAGAAGGAAGCCGAGAGGGAAUUGCACAAGCAGCAGCAGGAGGCACCACAUGAACAAGCAGUUGAACUUGAGUGCAGAAUAUAAACAGAUACACCAUCAUAUGGUGGAGUACAUGACAAAGUGCACUAUGAAUUGUGCUAUAUAGUUUUGUGUCACCAAUGCUAGUUUUUUUCUCCAAACUUUUUACAACUUUACAUACAGAAGUAUAUAGCUCAAGAAUGCUGCUGCCAGCUUUGUAAAAAUUAAAAGAAAGAGAACCAACAUUGCAGCAAGUACAUUCAGUUGUAAGUUGUUUGCAGGUUAAGUUCAUAAACCCACUCCUUAAAAUCGACCCAUUUCUGAUCAAUGGAUUAUGCACCCCUCCAAGACAAGAUAGACCAUUCA